AUGUCUCCCUUGCAGCUCUGUGUACUUCCUUCUCUGCCUCACUCCCUUCUUCCCCCUCCCCACUAUUUUCCUCCCCUCUCCCUUCCAUCUCUCCCCUCUCUCCCUAACUCUCAUCUCUUCCCUUUUUACUCUAUGCCUUACUCCUUUCUCUACCUUUUCUCCUCUCUGCAUUACUCCGAACUGUACGCUGUCCCCUCUCUGCCUUGCUCCUCUCUCUACCUGUUUCUCAUGGUGCCUUUCUCCAUUAUCUACCCUUUCCCCUCUGCCUUACUCCCCUCUCCACCCUUUUCCCUCUCUGCCUUACUCCCCUCUCCACCCUUUUCCCUCUCUGCCUUACUCGCUUCUCUACCCUUUCCCCUCUCUCCAUUACUCCUAUCUCUACCCUUUCCGUGCAUCUGCCUUACUCGCUUCUCUACCCUUUCCCCUCUCUCCAUUACUCCUAUCUCUACCGUUUCCGUGCAUCUGCCUUACUCGCUUCUCUACCCUUUCCCCUCUCUCCAUUACUCCUAUCUCUACCCUUUCCGUGCAUCUGCCUUACUCGCUUCUCUACCCUUUCCCCUCUCUCCAUUACUCCUAUCUCUACCCUUUCCGUGCAUCUGCCUUACUCGCUUCUCUACCCUUUCCCCUCUCUCCAUUACUCCUAUCUCUACCCUUUCCGUGCAUCUGCCUUACUCGCUUCUCUACCCUUUCCCCUCUCUCCAUUACUCGUAUCUCUACCCUUUCCGUGCAUCUGCCUUACUCGCUUCUCUACCCUUUCUGUGUCUCUGCCUCACUCACGCUCCCGUCUUUUCCGCUUUCCCAUAUGACGCCCUCUCCCGUGAGCAGAGCAGCAUGGGGG